UUUGAUGGUAGCGACAGUAGAAACAUGCAUUAUGGGGGUGAGAGUAUGGCUUCUGUUUCUCCUUGUACUGGGCAUCAUUUGGGCUUGUGUGGAUGCUAGGACCUUACUGAUCUCUGAUCUUUCAGUUCUGCAAAUAAGCUAUAAGGAGCCCAAAAGUGAGAUUCAAGCUUCCACAGUUGCAACAACAAAUGAAAGAGUCUGCACAUUGUGUGAACAGUUCACUACCCAGGCAUUAGAGUACCUUGGUGAUAACAAGACCCAGACACAGAUCAUCAAGGACCUUCAUCUUGCCUGUCAUAAAUUGCACUCCUUCAAGCAGCAGUGCAUCACAUUGGUGGAUUACUAUACGCCGCUUUUCUUCAUGGAGCUUGACACAAUCCAACCUGAGGACUUCUGCUGGAAAAUGAAUCUUUAUGACCAGAUAUUAAUUGCUUCUCCAGAACAGAAUGGUUGUACUCUGUGUCAUCAUGCUGUUGCGGAAAUUCUGAUUAAGUUGAAAGAUCCUGACACACAGUUAGAGAUAAUCGAGAUGCUUCUAAAGGGAUGUGAUUCAGUGGAGAACCAUGUGAAAGAGUGCAAAAAACUGGUUUUUGAUCAUGGGCCUCUAUUGAUGGACAAUGCAGUGCAGUUCCUAGAACUUACAGACAUCUGCAGUGCUCUCCAUGCAUGUAAACCUUCAGCCACUGUGGUUGGACAUGAAUCUUCUGAUGCUGAAAUAUCCAAACUGUCUCAAACUUAAAGUUGAAAGCCGAAAUUGGCCGGAAUGACAGGGAAUAUCUCUUAUUGAGAAGAGAAAGCCAUAGCAUUUGCCUAUCACAGACAGAGUAUGCUUUCUUCCUUCCUUCCAAAUAUUUAAUAAUUGUAAAGUUUACACUUUUCAAAUGGAAGAUUUAUUUGAAAGUGUUUGUGCAAGUAAGUUAGUUCAUUUGAUCUGUAAAUGUUUGUACGAUUUGACAAUCAGGAGAUUUGCCUUUUUAUUGGAUGGUGUCACGUAUAUGUAUUUUCCUUCUAUGUUA